AGUUAGCUGAGGCUCAUUCUAUAAAUACUAGUAGUAGUAGUAGUAGAGAGUUUGUCAUUCCUAAAUACUAAGUUCAAAAAUACCGCAUUUUCAAUAUGGAUCUCAAAACACCCUCUUUCUCAUUCCUUUUCAGCAUCUUCCUCUUUGUGUUUCUGGUGCUGAAAUUACUCAUCCAAAGAGCUAAAUCCACCAGCUCAGCUUCAAAACUACCCCCAGGGCCAUGGAAACUACCCUUACUAGGAAAUCUUCACCAGCUUUUCGGGUCCUUACCGCACCAUGCACUUAGCGACUUGGCCAAGAAACACGGACCAUUCAUGUACCUAAGGUUUGGACAAGUGCCGACCAUAGUAGUUUCAUCAGCGGAGUUUGCCAAGGAAGUGAUGAAAACCCAUGAUGUCGUCUUUGCGUCGAGGCCUCGGGCUCUCUCUUCGCAGAUCUUGUUAUAUGAUUUUACAGACGUUGCCUUUGCUCCAUAUGGCGAGUAUUGGAGACAGCUGCGGAAAAUUUGUGUGCAAGAGCUCUUGAGCACAAAAAGAGUUGAAUCUUUCCGACCCGUUAGAGAGGAAGAGAUGUUUAAUCUCAUGGAAUGGAUUGCUUCAAAUGUUGGCUCAGCUAUAAAUCUCACCGAGAGGACCAAAUACUCGACAUAUGAUAUAACAUGGGGGGCAGCCUUUGGCAAGAAAAUUGAAGAUCAUCAUGAGUUCAUAUCGAUUGUUGAGGAAGCAUUAGAGGUAUCAGGAGGUCUUGAUCUUGUAGAUUUGUUUCCUUCUUUUAGUUUUCUUGCUGGAUUAACUGGUGCAAAUCAUAAAUACGAGUCGAUUAAAGGAAGGGCUGGAAGGAUAAUGGAAAACAUAGUCAAGGAACACAAAGACAAGAAGUCAACAAUGAAGAGUAGUCAAAGUAGUCAAAAAGAUCAAGAAGAUCUGCUUGACGUUCUUCUGAAAUUUCACAACCAGGCUGAACUUGGUUUCUCCCUAACAACUAACAACAUCAAAGCUGUUAUUUGGGACAUCUUUUUUGCUGGGAGUGAGACAUCUUCUACAGUUGUAGAUUGGGCAAUGGUGGAAAUGAUAAAGAAUCCAAGAGUGAUGAAGAAAGCUCAAGAUGAGGUGAGACAAGUCUGUAGUAAAAAAGGGUUGGUUGAUGAAACCAUGCUUAGUGAGAUGAAAUAUUUGAAAUGUAUUGUUAAAGAAGUUCUAAGAUUACACCCUUCGGCUCCUUUGUUAGUUCCAAGAGAAUGUAGAGAGGAGUGCGAGAUUAACGGUUAUUUGAUACCAAAGAAAACUAGGGUCAUAGUUAAUGCAUGGGCAAUAGGAAGAGAUCCUAAAUAUUGGGUUGAACCUGAGAGUUUUCUACCGGAGAGGUUUCUUGAUAGUCCUCUUGACUUCAAAGGAAGAAAUCUUGAGUAUAUCCCAUUUGGUGCUGGAAGGAGAAUAUGCCCCGGCAUGUCAUUCGGUCUAAUGAAUGUAGAACUUCCUCUUGCUAUGUUGCUUUACCAUUUUAAUUGGAAACUCCCCAUUGGGGUGAAGCAUGAAGACCUGGACAUGACCGAGUCUUUCGGCGUAACAGUUAGAAGAAAGGAUGAUUUGCACUUGAUUCCCAUGGCUUAUGACCCGUUACCUAAUGGAAAAAUCUCUGCGAACACAAUGUAACUUGUAAUAUCUGGCUCUUUGAGUAGUACCUGUUUGUUUACAUUUUCCUUUCUUAUCGUUAAUAAAACUCAGAAAACCACUAGUACUGUUGGCCGAGGGAUCAUGAUGUUAUUCGCCUCGAAAUAUCCCAUCAAAUAAAGUUUUACAUAGUGAUUAUUUGCUGAUUAU